AUGGUGUCAAGGGCUGUCUCCAUGGGCCUUCGCGCCUGGCAGUUGAUCUGCGCCAUUCUCGUUACCGCAUUCAUGGGCAACAACAUCGCCCGCGCGUGGAACGGAACGCACUCCAUCAUCAACUACUCACUCUUCGUCGGUGUAUGGUGGUUGUUCACAUUGCUAUACUUCCUGCCCACAUCCUUCAUCGAGAAGUUCAGCAUCCCCAUUGUGGACAUUGCCAUGGAUGGACUGAGCGUCCUCUUCGGUUUCUGCGCCGCCGUCGCGCUUCCCGCAUACAUCGGCGCACACAGCUGCUCGAACGCCGGAUACACCCGCUCCAACAAAGUCCUCAACAGCUCCGCAGACACCGAGCAGAACUGCCGUCAAGCCCAGGCCACCACCGCUUUCCUCUGGUUCGGAUGGGCCGCUUUCGUCGCCACACUCGCCGUCAACAUCAUGAACGGACGCGGCAGCGGCGCCAACCUGCGCGGUGGUAUCCGCCGUGGCGGUCCCUCCAUGAGCCAGGUUUAG